AUGCAGCCGUGGGACGACACAGCGUCUUUCACAGGGGACUCACCCUGGACCUGGACGCCAGAGCCCGCUAGGCAGCCACUCAGCCAUGGCGCGCGGCGCACGUUUGUUGCGGGUCUGGUGGUGUCUGGCGUUGCCAUCGCCACCCUCACCAAAAUCGCUUACCAGACCGAGUCCGUCGGCCGCGACGGCUACGUCCACGCGUUCCAGAAGCCCUGGUUCUUCGUGCUCGUCAUGUUUGUGGGUGAGGGCAAGGAGGGCCACGCCAAAGCGCAGGGGCAGUGCGAUAUCCCUUGGUGCCGCACCCGCCGCGGCAGCGGGGUGGCAGCUCGCGCUGGCCAGUACUACCCUCCCAGUGUGGCGCCCAGCCUGGUGUACGCGUGGCACUUCACCAGCAUAGAGCAGCAGCUGCUGCACCUGCUGCUGCCGACACUGUUUGACCUGGCAGGCGCGACGGGUUUGCGUGUGGCCGGGGGGUCACAGAGGGUCAGCGCGAUGCUGAACAUUGGGCUGGUGUUUGUCAGCGCCAGCGCCUCCCAGAUGCUGCGCCAGUCGCUGCUGCUGUUUGCGACGGCGCUGGCGGUGGUGGUGUACCGCAAGCCGCUCAAUGGGCUGCACUACAUGGGCCUCGCGCUGUGCCUGGCCGGCCUCGGGGUGGUCACAACCACCAGCCUUGUCAGCGGCUUUGGCGGCAGAUGGGAGCUCGCGCCCUCCCCGUCAGCACCCUCUGGUUCCCUGCCGCGCGGCCCCGGCGGCGGCGCCGACACUGAAGCCGUCGGCCUGUUUUGGGGGCUGGGCGGGAGCAUGGGGAAGGGCGGUGGGGCACCUGCGGGGCCUGUGCAGCCGUCGUGGCAGGGGUGGUGGGCCGUGGAGGACGCGCAGCAGAUGGGGGUGGGCAUCAGCCUGAUCGUGGCCAGCCAGGCGCUGCAGGCGCUGCAGAUGUGGAUGGAGCGGGAGCAGCGGUGGCGCGAGGAGCGGACACAACGGCUGUCCCCGCUCGGGGUGGCGGGGUGCGAGGGCGUCAUCGGGCUCGCGCUGACGGCUUUUGUGGCGCUGCCUAUGCUGGCCCACGGGCCGGGGGCCGAGGGCUUUGGGCUGCGGGAGGACACGCUGGACAGCCUGCUGUGCAUCUGGCACUCAGGGGCCCUCAAGGCCCUGCUUGUCGCGCAAUUGGUGUCGAUGCUGCUCUUCAACGGCUGCAUGAUGGUUGUGGCAGGCGAGCUGGACAUGACGCGGACCACCCUGCUGCAGGCCAUCCGCACCCUCCUUGUCUGGACCGCCAACGUCCUCCUCCACCUGCUGGGCCCGCCCCACCUGGGCGAGCCCCUCGAGGCCUGGAGCCUGCUGCAGGCCGCCGGCUUCGCGGCAGCUGCCAUCGGGGCCAUCCUGUACGCUAGAGGGGACGAGGAGCGCGCGCGCCAGAGCCUGCAGCUUGAGGCGGCCCUGAUCAUGCUCGACCAGCCGCCGCCGGACCCCUCGUCGGCCGCCGGCUCGAUAUACAGCGUCCCCGCCUGGCGCGCACCCCCCGCGCCCGCGCCCGGCGGCGGCGGCGGCGGCGGCGGUGGCGGCGGUGGCAGCGGUGGCAGCGGCGGCAGUGGGUUGGGGCAUGCGCUGCUGUCGUCGGCGCCGCAGGCGGACUUCGACAUUGGAAGCAUCGGGCGCAGCAUGCUGCAGGGCGCCCCGCCCCACUACCACCUCCCCCCCUCGCUCACGGCCACGCCCCCCGACUGGACGCCGCGGCGGGACCGGCCUUCGCGCGGCGCGGCGGCUGCGCUCAGCGGCGGCGACGAGGGGAGCAGGGACGCGUCACCCGACAUGGUGCAGCGCUCGCGGGUCAGCUUCAGCCGGGCUGCCCCUGAUAUUGCAGGGGCGCCGCCCCUGGGGCGGCGGUCUCUGCCGCCGGCAGGGGCGUCGGCUGACGAGGAGAUAUCCCCAGUCAGGCCUGGCGGAGGCGGCGCGCCGCCGUGGGCGCGGCCCGGCCCGGCAGGAGUGAGCGGCAGCCCGCUCGCGCGGCCGCCGCUGUCAACGUCAGGCUAG